UCCCCCAAAGGUGUAUCGCCAUCUAGGUCACCGUACCUUUUUCUGUAUGGUUUUGAGAUUUUUACAGAUUAAUCAAUCGAAAAGCAUCGCAGAAGCGUAAUUAGUGUAAAAACUUGAAACAUGCGAGUGAAUUCCAUUCGUGUAUUCCGAAUUGAAAAAUAAAAGUGUGGACGUAGAAGUGAAGAUCUCGUAUUGAAAAAUAAAAGUCUGGACGCCGAAGCAUCCAAACAAAAUGUUCCAAAUCCUUCUGCUAAACACGGUAUCAGCUUCCAAAAUGGAGCCCUUCGUGGUUGGAGGUCAAGACGCUUCCAUACAAGACUGGCCGUUCAUGGCGUUCGUAGAAGUGACUUGGUUCGGUCUGUUUGCGAUGGCGUGUGGAGGGUCCCUUAUCAGCUCGCAAACAGCGUUGACAGCGGCGCAUUGUCUUGAUGACAUCACGGAGAAAAAGACGCACGUGAUUGGGAUAUCGUUCUACAUCUACAUGGGCCACACAAGCCACGCAAAAUCCAAAAUGGCGCGGGAAGUCCUCGACUACCAAACCCACGAGGACUACUCGCCAGAAGACGCCGACGUUCGUUUCGAUAUCGGCAUCAUGUUUCUGACAUCACCUGUCAGGUUUUCUGCCAACGUGCAGAAGGUGAUCCUGCAGCCCUGGUUUAAUUUGAAAGAAGAUAAAUUUUUGGUCGUGGCUGGGUGGGGCGGUAUGGAUCCAGAACAUACGCCUACAGGUGCCAGUGAGAAAUUAAAAGCGAUUAAUAUCGUUGCUAAAAAGUACAGAAGCUGUAAAAAUAAAAACAAAGUAAUUUGCACUUCUAGUGAAAUAGGGCAUCCGUUUAUCGGAGAUUCCGGUGGCCCCGUCAUAAACGUCUACACCCGUCGGCAAGUCGGAAUAGUCUCAAUCAGAGAUCUGAACUCGGGGAUCAUCAUAGUGACCAGCGUUUCGGAGUACUGGGAGUGGCUGCAGAGAACUCAGGCCAGGAUGUUCUGGAGGUUUUGUGGGAAGAGAAAGUAAAGUUGGA